AUGAAAAUAAAGGAAUUGAGUCCUCUUUAAAAGAUCAUCAAUAAAACUAAUUAUGAGAGGGAAAACAAUAAUAAGCUUUAAAAUAGGAAUAGCUAUGGAUGCAAUAUAGAAGAUAUUUUUUAAAAACGAAAUUUGACUGGCAAAAGCGCUUUGCUUGGGGGAGGAGCAGGAUCAAAAGAUAUUACUCCUUCUUCAGCAGCAACAACAACAUUUGAUAAUAUUAGUAGCAGAAAAGUUAAAAACGAAGUUGAAUUUUAUGAUGCUAAAUAGCCUUAGUUAAAAGGAAGCUAGCAAGUUAUGAAGCAAAUCAUUUUAACUAGUCCCAGUGAUAGGAGAGAUGAAGUUUGUAUUUUGAAAGGGAGAAAAAUCACUUAGCGAAAAAUUAUGGAAUUAGCUCAAAUUAAAACAAAAUAGCUACCUGCUCAUAUGGCGUAAUUUGAGCAGUUUGUUUAGCCAAAUUCAGGAUAAAAUCACAUCCAAACAAGCUCAAAUGCAAACAAAGAUUAUAUCAAUUUUAUUUAAAAGUAAGCUUCUAAUCAACAAAAUAAUAGCAGCACUGUUAAGCAGACUAAUUUGAACCAAAAUGGAAAUGAAUCUAGCUAAAAAAACUAAGCUUAAUUGUAAUAGGAAGAGUAAUAUUAAAAUUUGUAAGAUAAGUCUUUUUCUGAAUCAAAAAAUUUUAGGGAUCAAAGUCCUUUGUAUUCACCUAAAAGAGUGCAUCUAUAGACUUAACCAUCCUGCUCUCCCCCAAAUACCUACGUGCAGCAAUCUCUAAACCAAAUUAUAAGGUAGAAAAAUAGAUAAGAAAAUACAGAGCACAAUAGUAUCCAAUAAUCGUAUGAAUAAUCAUUCAAGUCAUCGCCAAUUCCAACAGAUAAAGACGCCCUCAACACAAGCGAUAUUAGCCAAUAAAAGAAGAAAUUUUACAAAGUUAGGAUUUCCUACUUUGUUGACCCUAAUUUUCCCUAAUUAAAUAAUAAAAAUAAAUCCGUACAAGCAAGAGAUUAAUCUUAUGUUUCGUUUAAUAAUAAGCUCAAGCUGAGAUCAAACUAAGGAAAUUCUCAAAAGUUUUAUGGCAAUUUGGAAAAGUAGUAAUUUUCAAAAUAGUCAACUAAUAGUUAGCAUGAUUAUUAAUAAAUAGAAAGUAAAUCUAAUCUUCCAUCUCUUUUGCUUGGAUCAGAUACAUAAUUGGCUAAUACUUCUUAAACCUACAAAAAAACUCCUAUUGUUUUUCCCAGUUUUCCAUUAAACUUAGAAGAAAACUCAGACUUAAAAUAUAAUAAUAGUGUCAACGAAACUUAAAAUACUCAGACAACAAAAAGUGCAAAAAUAAAUUUUAUAAAGAAACCUGCUCCUUUAUUACCAAGAGACUAGAAUAAUUUAGAUAAUCUAAUUAACUAUUAGCAUUCAAAUAUCCAGCAAAAAUCUAACUAGAAUUAAAGCAAGAAGAAUAAUAGAAAUAAAAGCAGUGAUAUAGAUGCGUAAUAUUUUAAUGGUAGUGAGAUAAAUUAAUCAGUUGAAGGGUAAUUAAGCAUGGCUAUACUUAAAAAAUAAUUCCAAAGAAUCAGAACAAAUACAUUUAGUAAUGCUAAUACUAAAUCUAAUCUUCUGCCAAAUAACUUAGUUAAAUGCUUUACAGAAUAAGAUGAGGCUUUUGAUUAAUCUGAAGAUUUACUAAAUUAAAAUAAAUCAAUGAAUUAUUCUACUAGCUUUUAAAAAGGCUAGCUUUGUCUGACAAACAGUGAUGGUAAGGAGGAAAACCUUAGCAAAUUUAUUUUUGAUUCCCAAAUCCUAAAAGCAGGAGCUCAUUUGAUUUCAACUAAAAGCAACUUUUAAACUAAUCAGUUAAACAAUAACAAUCAAACUCAAAAACUUCAAGAAAGCUAUCAAAUUGAAGCCUUUAAAGAAAUCAACUUCUAGAGCCUCAGGUACUACUAUGAUUAAAAGUACUAGCAAAAACUGGUGUUAUCUCCUCCAAAGCUUAAUGAGCAUGACAAAAGAAGGACUUAACAUAUUGAUUUUAAUCCUUAAAAUAGACCUAAAGUUCUCUCUCUACAUGAUAGCUUUUAACCUCCUGAAAUACUCGAUAGUGUACCAGCUUAAAUACCAAAAAAAAUAAUAAAUCCUCAUCACAGCAAUAAACUAAAAAGCUUCAGCUAAUACUAAAGUCCAGUUAAAUAGACAGUAGUUGAAAAUAUCACAGACAAAAAUAUAUUAUAUUCAGAAAACAAAAGCAUUGUUGUCUCUCCAUAAAUAUUGAAAGAAGAUAGUAUAACUAUAACUUAAAAAAAGACAAUAAAUACUGAGAGCAGAAACAAAAAUGAGCAAAUUUCCUAACAGCAUAUAGUUACUUAGUAAUACUCUUAAAAUACAGAUGAAUAAGACCUAAAUUAUAAGCAGCUUGAUUACGCAGAAUCUACUUUUAGCACUAAUCCAAAAACAAUAAACAAAAAAAUUACAAAUUAUAGCAAUACUAACUAAAAAUACUCUUCCAAAUAAAAAUCAAAUGCAAAUUUCAGUAAUCACGUUAAUGAUUUUGAGAAAUUAGAGCCCUGGGAUAACAAAGAUAAAUACAGCGCCUUCGAUGAAGAAUAUUUACAUGAUUUUGAUAAUUGA